CUGCCGCCGACAGGCGCUCACGGAGGUGGAGGAGGCGGUGAGGGCGGCGGAGGGAGGGAGGACCCGCUGCCCGCCGGAUCCCGCGGAUCUCGCCUCCACCUCGGUUUCCCCUCCCCUCCACCUUCCAGCCGAAGCUGCUGCCACCGCAGCCGACACUCAUGUGAGCGGGCCGAGAGCAGAAUCAACAAUGGGGUGCAUUAAAAGUAAGGAAGACAAAGGUCCAACUAUGAAAUAUGGAACUGAAAGCAGUCCAGAGCCUAUUAGUAUAAAUGUCAGUCAUUUUGGAUCAGAACUUACCUCAGUGUGCCAGCCAUCUUCAGUAAAGGGAUCAGCUGUUAAUUUUACCAGUCAUUCAAUGGCACCAUUUGGAGGUGCGGCAGGGAUGACACCUUUUGGAGGCGCUACUUCUGCCUUUUCGUCUAUGCCAAGUUCACAUUCUACUGGUUUAACAGGUGGUGUUACUAUAUUUGUGGCCUUAUAUGAUUAUGAAGCCAGAACUACAGAAGAUCUUUCUUUUAAGAAGGGUGAAAGAUUUCAAAUAAUUAACAAUACGGAAGGAGACUGGUGGGAAGCAAGAUCUAUAGCUACAGGAAAGACUGGAUAUAUCCCUAGCAAUUAUGUAGCUCCUGCAGACUCCAUUCAGGCAGAAGAAUGGUAUUUUGGCAAAAUGGGCAGAAAAGAUGCUGAGAGACUGCUUUUAAAUCCUGGAAACCAGCGAGGUAUUUUCUUAGUAAGAGAAAGUGAAACCACCAAAGGUGCUUUUUCCCUUUCUAUUCGUGAUUGGGAUGAGAUAAGGGGUGAUAAUGUGAAACACUACAAAAUUAGGAAACUUGACAAUGGUGGAUACUAUAUCACAACCAGAGCACAAUUUGAUACUUUGCAGAAACUAGUCAAACACUACACAGAACAUGCUGAUGGCUUAUGCCAUAAGUUAACAACUGUGUGUCCAACUGUGAAACCUCAGACACAAGGUUUGGCAAAAGAUGCUUGGGAAAUUCCUCGAGAAUCUUUACGUCUAGAAGUUAAGCUGGGCCAAGGAUGUUUUGGUGAAGUAUGGAUGGGAACAUGGAAUGGAACCACAAAAGUAGCAAUCAAAACACUAAAGCCUGGUACAAUGAUGCCGGAAGCUUUUCUUCAAGAAGCUCAGAUCAUGAAGAAACUAAGACAUGAUAAACUUGUUCCACUAUAUGCUGUUGUUUCUGAGGAACCAAUUUAUAUUGUCACUGAAUUUAUGUCAAAAGGAAGCUUAUUAGAUUUCCUUAAGGAAGGAGAUGGAAAGUAUUUGAAGCUACCACAGCUGGUUGAUAUGGCUGCACAGAUUGCUGAUGGUAUGGCAUAUAUUGAAAGAAUGAACUACAUCCACCGAGAUCUUCGAGCAGCUAACAUCCUUGUAGGAGAUAAUCUUGUUUGUAAAAUAGCAGAUUUUGGAUUAGCAAGGCUAAUUGAAGACAAUGAAUACACUGCAAGGCAAGGUGCCAAAUUUCCAAUCAAGUGGACAGCUCCUGAAGCUGCAUUAUAUGGUCGUUUUACAAUUAAAUCUGAUGUUUGGUCAUUUGGAAUUCUGCAGACAGAGCUUGUAACAAAGGGCAGAGUGCCAUAUCCAGGGAUGGUAAAUCGUGAAGUCUUGGAACAGGUAGAACGGGGAUAUAGAAUGCCUUGUCCUCAAGGCUGUCCAGAAUCUCUCCACGAGCUGAUGAACCUUUGUUGGAAGAAGGACCCUGAUGAAAGACCAACAUUUGAAUAUAUUCAGUCCUUCUUAGAAGACUACUUUACUGCUACAGAACCACAGUACCAGCCAGGUGACAAUUUAUAAGUCACAAGCCUACAAUAUAUGCACAAAUUUGCCAAAACAUAAAGAACUUGUGUAGAGUUCCUCACUUAUGUAAAGGAAUCUAAAGAAGAAAAUCUUCUCCACUCUGCAUGCUUUUCAUGGCAAACUGGAAUUCCAGAUAUGGUUGCACAAAACCACUUUUCAAGUGUUAAACUCUAAAGAACCAAUGAUGCAAUUUUCCAAUUUAUUUCAGGGUCCAAAGGAAGUCUAACUAAGAUACUAAUGACAGUAUGAGUGUCAGCAUGAUAAUGAAUAGCAACAAGGCUACUAUUUGUAAAUCCCUUCUAUUCUUUAUUUCCCCCAAACUCAAAAAUUUUGACAUUAGGGGAAAACUACUUUGCCAUUAUGUAUAAAACCUGGGAGAGAAACACUAAUGCAAAAUGACACUAUAAUAUAAUUUUAAACCAAGGAACUUUUUGGUGUGGGACCAAACACUUCCAUUCCAGUUCUAUAAAAUUUCAUCCAUUCAUAAUUUUAAGAAAUUUUAUUAUUUUCUAUAUGUAAACCCACAAUGUUGAUUUAAUUUUUCUUUUGUUUGAGAUAAUCCAGGUUUCAGAGAGAAGAAAAAUUAAUCUAAACAGUAUAUAACUUGAUUAAAUGUUAGGCAUCAGGCAAUGGAAUUGGAAAGCAUAAUGCACUGUUAAUACUUAUUUUAAUGUAACUGGAAAAUAGCAUGAGAGAUUUUUCUUUUUAAUUAUGUUUUGAUUAGCUCAAAUUAGAAUAAUGAGGUAUCUAGGAAAUGUGCUAGUAUUUUAUAAGGUUUAUGAUAAUAGAAGUUGACAAUUUGUGACUUGAAACCAUACCCUACAAUCUGAGAGGAGAGUUACUAAUCUUUAGUUGGUAAGAAGAAAAAAAAGGCCAAUCUUUAGACAGUGCAUUUUUUAAAAAUUAAUUUGGUACUGUAAGAUGUAACUAUGUACUCAUGAUGAUGAGUGCCGCAAAUGUAAAAUGUCACUAGUUCAGGGAUUUGAAUGAUUGCACUUUUGCUUUUCUUGAAUAUAACGUUUAACAGACAGAGGAAGAUGUAUCUAAGAGAAAAAUGGGGAAAAGAGGAUUUGAAAAAUUUAUAGGUAGAGGGACAGUGUUUAAUGUUGACCUAAUAUAGUGACAACAUGGCUUUUCUGGCAUUCAAAACAUCCCACUCUGUAACUAUUUUCUGUGAUUUCAGAGAUAGGUUAUGUGAUGAAGGUAAUGAGACUCUGUGGCUUUAUUUUUUAAAAUAUAAAUCCAAUUUUGUGUUGUCCCUUUCAAAAGAGUUAAUAUGGAAGGCUAUAUACCUUUUAUUCCAACGAUGCUGUCAUUGCCCAAGACAUUUUUGGAACCCUUUGUUUGGAAUUGCCUUCAAAAUUUCUUUUCUUUUGAAUGUUCCCAGUGGUGACAGAUCUUACUCAUUUGUUAGAUGGAUUUGCUUUUUGGAAAUUGUCCAAAGUUCAGAAUUAAGUAUGGCAAAUAUGGUAAAUGAUCAAGUUGGAUAAUAACUCUUUAAACCUUAGGUUUAAAAGAGAGAAAGAUUGGACUGUAAAUGAAGCUAAUUUUCUUGUGCAACUUAUAAGCUGGUGUUGAAGGUAAUUCCACAAGAGGAGUUCUCUGUGCAGUAAAUGUAGUUUUCAAAGGAAACGUCUUUGAAGGACAUCAUUUAUGUUUUAAAAAAAAAAUAGCUUCUCUUUGUGCAGUUAUACCAUGUAUUAAGCAAUAACAUCAUGUUUCUACAGUUUGGGGAUGAAGUUUAUAACUUUGUUACCUGAAUAAAUCAUGAAAGUUUUAAUUUAUGCUAUGGUAUCUGCUGAAAUUCAAGUCAUUUUUUAGAAAAUGUGAUGAAAAUCUUAAUGCAAAUGGGCAAAAGAAUUCUGGUACUAAAAAUUAUGAUUUUUCAUGUUUACAUUACCUAUUUAGUAUUGAAUCCCUCUACCAAAUGGAUCUUUCUAAGAAUAGUGCCAUCAUAUUAUUUUCCCUUGUCUUCUAUAAACCUGUGAUAUCAGAUUUUUAAAGGGCUUUAUGUAAACUAUGAAAUUGUAAUUUUUCUAAGCAUUUAAAAAGGGUAACACAAUUAUAUGUUUAUGUACUAAUGUUAAAGAAAAAAAAAGCCAGAAAAUGAUGCUGGUAUUCAUUAGGUUUUAACUGAAUGGAACAGUUCCUUGUAAUAGCAUUUGUAUAGUAAAGGAUUAACACUAACUUAAUAUGUAUUCAUUUUAAAUGGUUAUGUAUUUUUAAACUUGUUGAGAAAAUCAACUUUAUACAUUAAAGAUUUUUUUUCCAGCAACUUUUCAUCUCUAAAAUCUUAAUGUGGAACUUACCCUAACCAAAAAUGAAAGUUGGCAGAAAAAAAAAUCUAGCACAAACACUUUUUAAAACUGAAUAAUGGUAGCCUAAAACUUAAUAUUUUUAUAAAAUAUUGUAAUAUUGACUUGUUUUGUGGAUACACUUGAAAAUAAAAGUUCUCCUUGAAUGCA